AUGGUGGCCAAAAAGAGCCGGCUGUUGGCCUCAGCCUUUCCAUAUCUGCAGAUAUUUUCCGCGUUUUCCCUGACGCCACCGCCCCAAAGUUUUGGCAACACCUCACAUAGGCGACUCAGAUGGUACUUAAUGGCUGGAUACAUGUGCUAUGCAACUGGGAUCAUUGUGCUGGUAUUGUACGUGUCAUACUUAAACAUUAUAGCCAUCAACGAGGAAGUACUGGACUACAAAGUGGCAGACUUUACCAGGGUGUUGGGUAACAUUCAAAAAGGCCUAUUUUCGGUUAUGGCCAUUGCCAACCAGCUGAAUAUGCCAUUUAACUAUCGCCGACUUGGCGGAAUAUACCAGGAUAUAGCAGAUCUGGAGAAGGAUAUUGACGCGGCCUCUCAGUGUUUCGGUGGACAAAGAUCAGGCAAUGGUUUCCGCUUCCGUUUGGCCUUCGUGGGUUUGUGGUUGAUCCUUUUGGUGACUCUAAUCCCGCGUUUUACUCUAAUGGCCAUGGGUCCCUAUGUCAGCUGGCCUUGCAAGGUCCUCACCGAGUUUGUCAGGAUAAUGCAGCAGCUCAAGAGUCUGGAAUACUGUGUAUUUGUUUUAAUAAUUCACGAAUUGGUGUUGAGGUUGCGCCACACACUUCUUCAGCUGCAGGAGGACUUGGAGGACUGCGAUCGGCAGGAUAUGCUCCAGGCCGUAUGUGUUGCCCUUAAGCGGAAUCAGUUGCUCAUUGGACGCCUCUGGAGACUGGAGAGCGAAGUCGGAGCCUAUUUCACCCUGCCCAUGACUUUGCUUUUUAUCUACAACGGACUGACCAUCCUGCACUUGGUUAAUUGGGCCUACAUCAAUACAUUCUUGGAUAACGAUUGCUGCCGAUAUGACCGUUUCGGCAUUUCCUCUAUACUGCUCUUAAACCUUCUAGUACCCUGCCUUCUAAGUCAGCUUUGCAUCAACGCUUACAACUGCUUCCCUCGAAUCCUGCAUAAGAUUCGAUGCAUGUCUACAGCAUCCGAUUUUCCCAUUCUAACCAGAGGAUUGCGGGAGUACUCUUUGCAGAUGCAACACCUGAAGCUUCUUUUCACCUGCGGCGGAUUGUUCGACAUCAAUUUAAAAUACUUUGGAGGGAUGCUGGUCACCAUUUUGGGAUAUAUCAUAAUCCUUAUACAAUUCAAAAUCCAGGCAAUUGCUGAGAAUAAAUAUAAGUCAAGUCUUAAUAUCAGCGCUUAA